AUGAAUCAGUGUUCAAUGCUCACCCAUCUCACUCUUAAAAGAAGUGAUUUCAGAGAAGUCAGAAACUAUCAAGUGUUCGAACAAGGUAUGUUACUUUUACUCCUUAACAACGUUUUUACACUGAAAUUCCGCCAUCAUUUGAAAAAAGCUAACGCAUUUGAACAACUUCUCAGAAUCGAGAGUAUCGAGUCAGCUAAUGAUGUGAUCGAAGUCGAAAAGUUUUGUGAGAAAAGAGCUAAAGAACGACAAAAUGUUGAUAUUAGUAAAGGUAUAACAGAGAAAACCGCAAAAAGGAGAGUGGAGUCGAACAGAGUCAAUGAAAUGCUUCAACUCUUUCAAGACCUUCUUGGUGAAAUGGGAGUGUUUUUUACUGUGAAAAAGUCUCAUGGAAAGAAGGAGACGGUAAAACGCGAAACAAUUGAAAAUGUGUUUUUGAACGGAUGUUGUAUAGAUGAAAAUAUGAUAAGAAGUUAUGGGAAAACAGUCAAUGAAAUAGUUUUAAAGAAACUCAUCGACAAAGAGACUUGCUCUUUUUCUCCUGGAGAAUUAAAAACUUCUGUCAUGUAA